UAAAAUGGAAAGGAAUUACAUGAGCGUAUCUCCUCCCAUUUGAACUUUGGAAACUCUCUGAUGUGGUAAAGCGUUCCCAACAUGUGUAGCCAUUCUUUCUGUUCUGUUCUUUCCUGCGUCUGCCUCUGAAGCUGAGCACUUCAGACUCAGUAUUACAGGAGUGAUGCUGCUGCUGUGGAUAGCAUUAUCUCUCACAUGGCCUGGCACAAUCGGCUUCACGAUCCACAACAUUAAGGAAGAUCUGUGUCUAGAGGACUCGACUGAAGGAGGAGUUGAGUUGAAGACAUGCAGUGUGGACUCGGUCCUGCAGCAGUGGAUGUGGACCGAUCACUGGUUCCUAGUAAACACAGGCACCCUGAGGUGUCUCUCUGCCAUACACAGCGACCCCGUCCAGACUAUCACCUGUGAUUCUGGUGAACAUAUCAAAUGGCAGUGUAAAGCUCAACAGCUCAUCAGCCUGAAAAACGCCCUGGUGUUGAGCUCAGAGAGAGGAAAGCUUAGACUCAACAGGGGUGAACACAAUAUUUGGACAUCUCUGGAUGCGACUGAUAUCUGCCAGAACAAACUGAGAUCCAGAAGAGACAGUGAUUUUGAGGCCGAUGAGUUUGACUUUGCUGAAGGGCCGCCUGCAAUGUCAGAGGCACAGAUGAAGUUUUUACAGUGGUAUUACCGCACAGAGGACUCAACAUCGUGGAAGUUUGGCAUGCUGGCAUUCGCUUUUCUGGGUCUUCUGAUUGGUGCUAUGCUGUUGGUCAUGGGCAUGAUGGCUAAUAGGAACAGGAAGCAAAUAGCCAAGUACAAAGCAGCCACAAAAGUCACAGCGGUGAACCCUGAAACGGAGCAGCUGCAGGUCAUCGUCACACAGAUCAAAGAGGAGAAAACCCUUUCCAUCCCAUCUGAACACAUCACAACACACAACAGCCAUAGAGAUUGGGAAGAGCCUUCAACCUACAGCAAAGCCUCAGAGGAACUGAAGCCUGGAGAAAUUGUGGUGACCUGGAAGGACGGGAAUGUGUCUACUUUGUAUCCUGAACCGGUGUCGGAGGGGGAAGGUGAAGAGGACAUCCACAACACAGAUGUGGAGACUGAGUCCCAAAACUCCCCCCAUGUAAUAGCUUCAUCUGAGGUUAUUGCGUUUUAAUAUAGUCCUACUGUUUGCAUAUUACUCUUUGUUUUUCUGGUCCAAAAAUAUGUUUAUAGCCUUGGGUCAGCCAAUCAGUUUGAAUAUAUUCACACAUAUAUUCAAGUUUUAUAGCAUAUUUCAAAAAGCAAGUUGUACUAUUUAUAAUAAUAAUAAUAAUAAUAAUAAUAAUACAACUUUUUGUGUGAAAAUGCAUUAGAAUUGGUCAUGAGCUGAAACUUGAAAAAUUGCUGAUUUUUUCCCAAACCAUUAUGGUGUACCAUACAAGCUUCUGUUAUAUGAAUUAAAGGCACACUAUGUACAUUUUCGCCGCAAGAGGUCGCUUAUUCAAAACAAAGGCGUAGCUUGAUGACGCCUCAAUUUCGCAGAAUCAGAAAGACUCACAGGCUCGGUCAGAAAUCGUGUUCAUGGAUGAGAUUAUUAACGUUACUGUCGUAUGAAGCAGAGCAGGGCGAGUGAUGUUGGAGCUGAACUAGAGCGAUUGAUAAUGAGAGACGAGCGCGACACACGGCUCGAGAGCAGCGGGACUUUUAUUAUGCCGCAGUCACUGCUUCCGCUUCUUCUGGUCAAGCGUAUGUGGGGUAAAGCAGCGCUGUUUAUCAUAUUAGAUACAUUUGUGUGUUGAAAGUUGUUAUAAUGCUACUCUGUGUGUUCGCUCGGCGGCUGCUAUGAGGCACUCGUUGCACACUGCAGUAAGCUAGAUGUUAGUCAUGGUAAAACAUGGUACUCGCAGUAAAUCAAGAAAACAAGAUUUAAACAAUAAGACUGUGUUGAGCUGUAUAACAUGAUUAGUUUUCUGUCGAUGAAUGUAUCCAAACAGUUGCUCACCUUUGUAAUAAAACACAUAAUAUAUAAAAGUG